AUGGCUCUAGCCACCUCUCCCACUCCUAUCGUCAUGAGCGGUCUUGCGAUUCCGGAUCGCAGCGGCGUCAUGCUCUCAACCGUUCUCGCUUUCGUUCAUGACGCAAAUAGUCGUCGCAAGUCAUGCCGCGUUUUGUUAGAUUCUGGCUCUCAGGCUAAUUUCAUUUCGCAGCGUUUCGCGGACGCUCUCGAUAUUAAAUCACGUUCCUCGGACAUUUCAAUUUCGGGAAUAAACAAUACUACCACGCGAUCGUUUCAGGCCGCUGAAAUACGAUUGCACUCACGCACAAGCUCAUUCAGCAUUCUUUUGGAUUGCAUUGUUACCGAACAUGUAACCGGCAAACUUCCGACCUUCACGUUUAAAAAAAACGCUUUCAAAAUCCCGGCUAAUCUCGAACUAGCCGAUCCGCAGUUCCACGUCUCGUCUGAGACAGAUGUUUUAAUUGGCGCGGAACAUUUUUGGAGCUUGCUCUGUAUCGGUCAAAUCAAGGCAUCGGUAUCGCAUCCUACAUUACAGAAAACGCGUUUCGGGUGGAUAUUAGCGAGUCGACUGCACACUGCACCGAAAGCAACUUCGAAUGUGCACUCUUUUCACGCCUCAAUCAGCAACAAGCAAUUGCACGAACAAUUAUCUCGGUUUUGGGACGUAGAGAACAUCUCAACGGUUUCCGAUCACUAUACCUCAGAGGAGGCUUACUGUAAGCAGCAUUUUUUACAAAACAUGUCUCGAACCGAUCAAGGCAAAUUCAUUGUCAAACUCCCCUUUAAGGAAUCCGAGCCUUACACUUUCGUUAACUCUAGGGAGAUCGCCUUAAAACGCCUCGGAGGCAUUGAAAGGCGUCUUAGCCGCGACUCAGAGUUAAAAACGCGAUAUUCGCAAUUCAUAAAUGAAUACAAUGUCCUGGGUCAUAUGAAAUUGAUUUCCGAGCUUCCCUGGGAGGAUCCAAAGUCCUUUUACUUACCGCAUCAUUGCAUCUUUAAGGCGCCCAUGACCAGUAAAUUUCGCGUUGUCUUCGACGCCUCCGCAAAGGACGCGACUGGCAUCUCAUUGAACGACACACUUAUGGUCGGUCCUACCGUACAGCAAGAUUUAUUUACUAUACUGUUGCGAUUUCGAACACAUCGUUUCGCAUUUUGA